AUGCCUCUCUUACGUGUAUAUGUGUGUGUUUCCAGUUUGUUCUUCUUGAAGCUUGCAAAAACGGAGAAGGAUUGGGAGAGGAGUUGCCGUCGUUGGCCAAGGAGGUGGCCUGAGUGGAAGCGGUCCGAGCAUGUGCAGUGUUCUGGUAUUUCAGUUGUUGUGUUUCAAUAUGCAAAGAAAGGUGUUUUUGGUUAUUCUAUGGUUGAAAUUGAGCGAGAGAAAGUUGAACAGUUGCUACUUGAAUCAACUACAAGUUAUCCCAUCAUUUGUGACAACCCCAAAAAGAUAUAUCCUGCAAGGGAUGGAAAUCCUGCGAAAAUUGCUUUGAGAGGAUUGUCUCUUGCUUUGCCCAGAGGGGAGUGUUUUGGCAUGCUUGGACCCAAUGGUGCUGAUGAUUGGGCUCACAAAACCAACCUCAGGGACAACAUAUCUUCAGGGUUUGGAUAUACUGACUUCUAUGGAUAUAAUCUAUACAAGCAUGGGUGUCUGUCUGCCCCACAGCAUGACCUGCUCUGGGAAACUUUAACUGGGAGGGAGCACUUGCUAUUUUAUGGGAGACUGAAGAACCUCAAAGCUUCUGCAUUAAAUCAAGCAGUGGAAGACUCUCUUAAGAGUGUCAACCUAUUUCAUGGAGGGGUUGCAGACAAACAUGCGGGCAAAUACAGUGGAGGUAUGAAGAGGAGACUCAGCGUUGCCAUUUCACUGAUUGGGGAUCCUAAGGUUGUCUUUAUGGAUGAAACCAGUACUGGUCUUGAUCCAGCUUCAAGAAAGUCUAUGGAGUGUUGUGAAACGGGGAAAACGAGACAGGGCAAUUAUUCUCACCAGUAUCUCUCUCUCUGCACUGCCACUCUUGAUUAACCAUUCUUGAUUUUAACCUAUUUGCAUGCUUUGCUCUCUCUUUUGCAUUCUUGAUUCUACAGAUAUAGUUGUAGUGUUGCUUUUUGUUUUUGUCAUAUACGCAUUUACCUUGUAAAUGAAUUGGAUUCGCCUUUCUUAUUUAUGGAUUAUGAAAAACUAGAAUUUGUGUUACAA